GGAUGGACAUUGCCAUAUGUUAUUGGUGUUCUUACUAUAAGUCCAAAAAUGAGGGCACUGUUAUUCUUAAUAUCUGAUUUCCUCUGCACACAAUGCGACCAUUGAUACCGUUUUGCAUUAGUAGCUGGUUUGGUUUUGUGCAGAAUUAUGGUGCACGAAAAAGUUUUAAUCUUACAAGAUCUGUUUGGACAUUUAGCUAAUAAUCUCUAGCCUGGCCCCUAGUCAGUAGAGUUCCAAAUCUUUGGAGAGUAGCACUCAGUCACAUCCAUUGCGGAUGCAAAAAGCAUUCACUGUUGAAUGCAAGUGCAUAUUCGCUCUCAAAUGCAAAUAGGCCUACUUGGAAAUACAAGUACAUAGGCUACACUCAACACCGGCAAGACCAUACACAUUCCAGGAAGGCUGUGACGUAAUUGCCGCGUACUGAAAACAUGAUUAGGUUUGAACGCCUCCUGGUAGAAGAAAGUUGUUCAAGACCUGAUCCGGCAAACAAAUGGUGCGUCGCUGGUUUAGAAGUCCGCAGUCUCCACCGACUCAGACUUUCCAAUAGCUCAGCCGUGAGAGCACUUCACUGGUGCUCGAAGUUCGAGCUCUUCUCCAAGGUGGACAUGGGGCGAUCUUGGCUGCCCAUUGGUCUCAUCCUCUGUGUCUGGUGCCCCGCACACGGACAGGAGCUGGACCAGACGCAGGGUGACUGGGACGACUGGGGCUCGGGUGUCCAGGACCUCCUGCUGGCCGGCUUCCCUGCGGACAGCCCCUUUGUCUCGGAGACCCUGGGCAGACCUGUUAACUGCACCCAGCGCUUCUGGCUGCCCCCCUCCUCCCCGGUCUGCUGGGACGACGUUGUUGGGCAGGAGGAGUUUGAGCAGACCCGCCUGCUGGCUCUCCAGAACCGGGCAGCACUGGAGGCUGUGUCGGUGGCCAGCGGCCUGGACGAAGGAGGGCCCACGUACGAUGAACAGGCCCGUCAGGACGUGCAGGUGGUUCAGGCUGAUCACCAAGAGCUGGUCCAGACUGCCGAGACCAUGGAGAAGGUUUUCUUCUCUUUAGAGGACAAGAGGAGAGAGGGCACUGAUCAUUAUACCUUUUCCAGUAUAAAGGAGCAGCUGACCAACACCAGAGCCUCGCUCCAUAGUCGAGAGGAACUGGCCGCACUUCUGGAGGACAAGCUCUCCAUUCUGGAGAGGUCCCUGGAUCUCAUGCAACUUCGGCUAGCCAAACUGCUGGCACGGAGAUGGUAGCCAUGCCAACUGUUUUCAUGACUAUGCACGACUUAUAGCUAACAUAUAAAACCCUUGUUUACAACGACCACUGA